AACGUAAAGGUUUAACGAAACAUACUUGGGUGUUGUCCGGCUUGAUGAUUGUAACAACGCUAGCGUAAUGAUCAAACAGUUUUAAAUGAUUUUCUGACUGUAACAUUACGUUCUUAUUAGAAGCAUAAAUUAAAUAGCUAUGAAAUUAUGAUGAGUGGUGUCGUGUAUUAUUUCUUUGUGUUGCUUUGCUAUAGCAUUACGAAAUCUGAUGCAGACUCGAUAAGAUACUAUUACGAUUACGAAUGUAACCAGCCUCUUGUUGCCAACUCUAAGUUGACUGCCACAUCGAGCCUAAGAGACAGGGGACCUGAGAAUGCUAAGUUGUAUGGAACAUCGGCAUGGACGGCUCGGGAGAGCUCCUACUACCAGCACCUGACCAUUCAGCUGGACAAGAGGAGAGAAAUGCGUGGCAUUGCCACCCGCGGCCGGUUCGCCACCGACGAGUACGUUACCGAGUAUAUGCUCCAGUACUCCGACGAUGGCGAGAGCUGGCGCCCUGUCACCACAGACGAUGGGUUCACCAAGAUGUUCGAAGGUAACCAUGAUGGGAAUACUGUGGAGAAAAAUGAAUUCGAAGUGCCUAUUAUAGCGCAGUUCAUUCGGAUCAACCCGAUGAGAUGGCGCGACAAGAUUUCUAUGAGAGUCGAGGUCUAUGGAUGCGAUUAUGUUGCUGAUACCCUUUACUUCAAUGGAUCCUCGAUGGUGAAAAUGGAUUUACUGCGCGACCCAAUAUCGGCAUCCCGCGAGGUGAUCCGCUUCAGGUUCAAGACCAGUACAGCAUCAGGCGCGCUCAUGUACUCCAGAGGAACACAAGGAGACUACCUGGCUCUCCAGCUCAGGGAUAAUAGGCUCGUGCUUAAUAUUGAUUUAGGGUCUGGAACAGCGACGUCACUAUCGGUGGGCAGUUUGCUGGACGACAACAUCUGGCACGACGUGGUAGUCUCCCGCAACCGGCGCUCUGUCAUCUUCUCCGUGGACCGAGUCAUCGUGCAGGAUCGGAUCAAGGGAGAGUUCUCGCGACUCAACCUGAACAGAGCUUUCUACAUAGGUGGUGUACCAAACUUCCAAGAAGGGUUGGUUGUGAACCAGAACUUCACUGGUUGUAUAGAGAACAUGUACCUGAACGCCACCAACGUGAUCCAGGACUUGAAGCUAGGCUACGAGUCCGGCGAGCCAUUCAAGUUCCAGAAAGUUAAUACGCUUUAUGCUUGUCCAGAGCCGCCAGUAGUUCCCAUAACGUUCCUGAAGGAGGGCUCCUACGCCAAACUGCGUGGUUACUCAGGAGGUAACACCCUCAACAUCUCCAUGGAGUUCCGAACAUAUGAACAGCACGGACUACUUAUUUACCACAAGUUUAACACCGAGGGACAUGUUAAAGUAUACAUAGAAGAAGGAAGAGUGAAAGUAGAACUAGAGACGCCUGGCUCUCCUCGAGUAAAGCUGGACAACUAUGCAGAAGAGUUCAAUGAUGGACGAUGGCACUCACUGCUCUUGACAAUGGCUACUGAUAGCCUUAUACUGGCCGUGGACUACCGACCUGUUAAGACAUUGAAGAAACUUAGAUUUAUGACGGGCAGCACUUAUUACAUCGCAGGUGGAAAAGCUCCUCCGCGCGGCUUCAUCGGCUGCAUGCGCAAGAUAGCGGUAGAUGGAAACUACCGACUGCCUACUGACUGGAAGAAGGAGGAAUACUGCUGUCCUAAUGAAGUGGUGUUCGAUGCUUGUCAGAUGAUUGACAGAUGCAACCCCAACCCAUGUGAGCACGGCGGAGUAUGUACCCAGACGGCGGACGAGUUCUCCUGUAACUGCCAGGGGACCGGGUAUGCGGGGGCCGUCUGUCAUACUUCGAUCCACCCCCUGUCGUGCCAGGCGUACAAGAACGUGCAGGCGGUGUCCCGCUCGGCCGACAUCCACAUCGACGUCGACGGCUCCGGACCGCUGCCCGCCUUCCCCGUCACUUGCGAGUUCUACUCGGACGGCCGUAUAAUAACAGCGGUGCAGCACUCGUCGUCCCAGAACACAGUGGUGGACGGGUACCAGGAACCCGGCAGCUUCAGACAGGACAUCAUAUACGACGCGUCCAUACGGCAACUGGAGGCGCUGCUCAAUAGGUCCGAGAACUGCAUGCAACAUCUCGAGUACAUGUGCAAACAUUCAAGGCUGUUGAAUUCGCCAAGCGAGGAGUCGUCGUUCCACCCGUUCGCGUGGUGGGUGUCCCGGUCGGGGCAGCGCAUGGACUACUGGGCCGGCGCCACGCCCGGCUCGCGCAUGUGCCAGUGUGGGUUACUGGGGUCCUGUCGGGACCCCACCAAGUGGUGCAACUGCGACGCCGAGCAUGGCAAGCCCGAUGAAUUCCAAGUGGACGGCGGUGAAAUCACAGAGAAAGAGUUUCUACCAGUAAAGCAGCUUCGCUUCGGUGACACCGGCUCACAUCUCGACGAGAAGGAGGGACGGUACACGCUCGGACCUCUGUUGUGUGAGGGAGACGAUUUGUUCAGUAAUGCGGUAACAUUCCGUAUAUCUGACGCCAUCAUCACUCUGCCGAUGUUUGACCUCGGCCACAGUGGCGACAUCUACUUCGAGUUCAAGACCACCAGGGACAAUGCUGUGCUCUUACAUUCUAAGGGCCCUCAAGACUACAUAAAGCUGUCCAUCAUCGGCGGCGACCAGCUACAGUUCCAGUUCCAAGUGGGCGACACUCCACUCGGGGUGUCCGUGGAGACCAGUAACCGACUGGCUGACAACAACUGGCACUCUGUCAGCAUUGAACGAAACAGGAAAGAGGCCCGCGUGGUGGUGGACGGGGCGCUGAAGAACGAGAUCCGCACGGCGCGGGAGCCGGCGCGGGCACUACAGCUCAGCACCGGGCUCGUGCUGGGCGCCGCGCUCGACCGCUCGGGGGGGUUCGUCGGCUGCAUGCGGGCGCUGCUGCUCAACGGACGACCCGUGGAUCUCAGGCAACAUGCCCGCCGGGGUCUAUACGGAGUAUCAGAAGGCUGCAUGGGUAAAUGCGCGUCCUCUCCGUGUCUAAACAACGGAACCUGUCUGGAAGGAUACGACUCCUACUCCUGCGACUGUCGCUGGACCGCCUUCAAGGGACCUAUCUGUGCUGAUGAAAUCGGCGUGAACCUCCGACCGAACUCUAUAAUAAAGUACGACUUCCUGGGCUCAUGGCGGUCUACCAUCGCGGAGAAGAUCCGCGUCGGCUUCACCACCACCAACCCCAAGGGAUUCCUACUCGGGUUCUAUUCCAACAUCUCGGGAGAAUAUCUUACUUUGCAAGUUUCUAACUCAGGUCAUCUCCGCGUGGUCUUCGACUUCGGUUUCGAGCGACAGGAGAUAAUAUUCCAGGGGAAACACUUCGCUUUGGGACAGUACCACGAUGUACGGCUGUCUAGGAAGAAUAGUGGAGCCACUAUGGUGUUACAGGUGGACAACUACGAGACCCAAGAGUACAACUUCAACAUCAAGGAGUCGGCCGACGCCCAGUUCAACAACAUCCAGUACAUGUACAUAGGACGGAACGAGUCCAUGAACGAAGGGUUCGUGGGCUGCGUCAGUCGCGUCGAGUUCGACGACAUAUACCCGCUCAAGUUGCUGUUCCAGCAGGAUCCACCGCCCAACGUACGCAGUUUAGGAGGUGGAGUGCUGAGCGAGGACUUCUGCGGCGUGGAGCCAGUGACCCACCCGCCCGAGGCCGUGGAGACCAGGCCCCCGCCCGACCUCGACCUGCAGCACGAACUGGACCUGCAUAACACGGACGAGGCUAUACUCGGCACGGUUUUGGCAUUCAUAUUCCUGCUACUGAUCAUAGUCGCCAUUGUACUGGUGCGAGCGCUCUCCAGACAUAAGGGCGAAUAUCUAACACAGGAGGAGCGUGGCGCGGAGGGCGCGGCGGACCCGGACGCGGCCGCGCUGGCCGCCGCCACCGGGCCCCGCGUCACCAAGCGCAGGGAGUUCUUCAUAUAGGCCAUACACACCACGGUACGAGCUCAACUCUACACACAAUACUACUUUGCACAGACUGGCAAUGCUGGUUUAGGUCAUGAAACUGCACUACUUAUUGUUUUAACACAUUGAAUUUGAUGAAACUCGUUGGUCGAAAGUUGUAUAGAAAUCAUUCAAGUUUUUUCUUAACUGAUUGAUUUCCAAAAUGUUGUAGUAUUCAUGGCCUGAACCAAGACACUAAGGUUUCGUGUUUUGUUUGUGUAAAUCAGAAAUCCAUUAAAAUAAACACAUUGCUUCCAUCAAAUUCUAAAUCAUAUGAAACAUAAUGAAUUAUAUCUUUGAAAAUGCCUUUACAUAAAUGUAUUUUGCUACGUAUAUGACAUAAAUAGUAUAUCAAAAUAUAUAUCCUGUUACGAAUACCGAAAUGCAUUUGUAAAGAUAAACCUAGUACAAGAUAAUGUUGUAAGGACAAUAUUCGAGUAUUACAUUGUCAUUAUAUGACUAAAAAUUAGAAUUAAUUGUUCCAAUACUGGUUAUUAACGAAAAGGUACCGUGUUACGCAUUUUCAAAUCAUACUCCGGACACUUAUUAUCAAAGAGCUUAGUACAAGUUUGUUUUACGUUUAACGAAAUCGAAACGAGAGUGCGUUCGGUGCUCUGAUUGGCCGAUGAUUCUGAUUGCGAAUGAACCAACCAAUCAGCGCCGAACGCGCUCUCGUUUCGAUCGUAAAGCAAACUCGUACUAAGGGUACAGUUUAACGUAACCAUAGACGUUACGUUACGUCACAUAAUGCGUUCUAUAUUCCCCCUAUUUAUUUAUGUGAUAAGUCGCAGCGUUAACCUAUCCCACUUCAAGUAAUCAUACGUUAAAUUCUAAAGUAUUUCUCCCAAUAAGUGCCAUCUGGCUACUUGCUUACUGUUUAGGCUUCGAGCUAUUUACUUCACUGAAUCUCUUUCUCUCUCAUUUAGUUCAAAGACUGGAAUAUAUUAUUUGUUGAUAUUAAACAUGAAUCUCUUCGCUAGAAUAAUCCCUGAAAAUAUUAUUUUAAAAAUGCAUCGCCUUUAAUUAAAUGCAUUUGCCGAAUUAUUGUAAAUCUUUCUCCUUCUCUUGUUACUAUAUCAAAUUCAUGGUCCAUAUUAUAAUGAAAUAAAAACCAAAAUAUACUCGUAUAUAUUUCACACGACAUUAGAAUAAAAUUGAGUCUAUACUUCACGCAAUAAGGUCGUAAUUGCUUUAACACGAGAAAUAUACGAUAAUACAAAUUAGUGUAAGGUUUGUAAUUAGGUUCUUUAUAGGUUUUAUAUAACAUUUGAUUAUAUCGACAUAGAAGUUUAUUUCCCUUAGACUGCUUACUCAUAAGCGAAUAGAAUUAUUAUUAGUUUAAGUAAAUACGUUGGCAACUUUUUUUUUAUUUCCGUCCAAAAUGUUUAUUUGCUACUUAAUGAUGAUUUAAUCAUUUUUUUCUAUUUGGCGAGAUUGAUUUUGUUUUGAUUACAACGAAUGAUAGGUAAUAAAAUCAUUAAAAUGUAUGGUAUUGAGAUUUUAUCAUAAUUGGCACAAAAUAAAAAGAAUAUGACGUUUAAAAUCAUUCGUUUUAAUCAAAAUACAAUUAAAAUAUUAAUGUAUUAUUUUAUUAAAUAACUUGUAGAAGUUAUGGUGUGUAUAAUUAUUGAUUAUGUACUUUAUUUUGUAUACAAUAUGGUAUUUAUUUGAACAUUUUAUAUGAUUUGUGUAUGUAGUAUAAGUUUAACGUCUCCAAUAGUAAGCUCGUUUACAAAGUUCCGAAUAGUGAUAGGGAAUAUGAAUUAGUGUCAUUGCUUUAUCAUCGUUGACAAGUGUUGGAAAUUAUGGGGCGGGACCUCGACGUCUGAAUGUUCCACCAGGUUACUCCAUUGCUCCAAUAACAUGAUCAGCCAAAGCCUUGUUGGCGUAUAAUUAUGUCACUUCCCUGGUGUUGCAUCGGUGGCACCAGUUGCUUACCGUUUGCUGCCAUGUCUCGUAAAACAUGUGCGAGAAAUCCCAUAUGUAAUUUGAUAGAUAGUCUUAAAAAACCUAACUAAAGAAUAAAGUAAGAAAAACAUGCAAAAAAUGUGAAAUUUGAUUGCACGUUAUUGAUAUAAAGAAGCGAUAAUGGUCAGACUUCAGAUGUCGAGGACUACGCCUACUUAGAUAGCGUGUGCUUUGAAAUGUAUUGAAAGAAACGGGGACGAAGUAUUAAUCAUGUUACUUAUACAUACGCUGGAGAACAGCUUUAUUAACAAUAUAUUGUUCUACAAAUUCUUAUAUAAAGGCUCUUGUGUAUAUCUGACACGAUUACUCUUUAGUCUUAUGACGAAUAUCACUUGAUCGAACUUAGCAGUGAAAGCAAGAAUUUGAACUUUAUCACGGUGCCAUAAGUGUCAAUUGUUAUAUCAAAGUAGCACAGAUUUAAAGCAACUGAAUUUGAACUCUGUGUAGAAGAUUUUAAAGUCGAUAGUUGUGCUGAUUUCUAUCAAGUGGUAUAGUCGCGGUAUCGAAAGGUGUUUGUGCCUUAACUAUUCCGAAGCGGGCACAUAGGGACAUACAUAGUGACUCACUGAUGUGUAGCGUGUUGAUAGUAGAGUUUUUAUUUUACUACUUCGAAUAUCACGAAUAAAUUUUCCACAAAUACAUUA